GGUAGGGAUUGUUUUGUUGAUCGUAAUGAGUAUACACUUUUGGUCUCAGAGGUAUACUCCUACUGGUCUGGAGCUUGGAUUUAGUAUUUGGAUUAGGAAUAUGGGCUAGCAAUGUGGCUCAGAACCUGGCCGCAGGGAAUUGAGUUACGCCAAAGUAUCGCCUGUCUUAAACAAUGUACGCAUAUGUGGAUCAUGGACAUGGUCCAGGUAACCUCAGAACCUGCUAGGGCCUUAACACCUCCUACUAUAGCUACUCUCACCUCGGCAUUUUUUGCUCACCUGUUGACCGUGUUGACCUACGAAACCCGAUCGCCAGCCCACAAAGCAACUCACCCAGGAAGCGUGCAACAACCAACACUGCACGGGCCCCAAGAGAAAACCCAGAGAAACCCACCUCGCCAAUCAGCACAUGCAUGGUGUGAUAAGAGGCUGGCAGGACUCCUGCUUUGCCCCUCGUGCACGGGCGUACCUGUGGACACCGGAAGUCUCUUUUCCUGGGCUUGUUGAUCGCGGACGGGUCCAGAACAACUCUAUGGGCGCAGGCAGAGCUUUUCAUGACCAAGGAAAAGGCGAGAGGAGCUACCCCUCUUGGGAAAUGGAACGGAUGCCAAUGAGCCCUGCUGGGGGUUGCGUGGGAUUUGUGACCUCUGACGUGCAGAGUCGACCGAGGGAAUUAGUCAUGGAAACAGCCAUCUUGAUGGGAUAUUCUCCACUUGGGCUUGGGUUGUUACGAUGUCUGGAUUAUUACGUUUUUGUAGGUACGGGAUAGAUAGAUAGAUAGAUCGCUGGUCGUUGGGGGGUGGUUGCGGACGGCGGACUCGUGGAGAUAGAAGACUCACCUGGGGAGACUUUAGAGAGGGAUAUUGCCCAUAUUCGAAUCCGUAGUAAUCGCUGAUAUAGCCAUCGAUUGGUGGUGCGACUCGUACAUGAUAUCGGAUGAUUCAUGAGAGAUAGAACGGAUGGCGGGUCCACCAGUCAGCUCACGGCUGGUUGCAACGAUCGUGGUUCGUGAUAAGAGCAGC